GGUUUUAGGGGUGAUAGUGAAUUGGCGGCUUCCCGGUAGUAUUAGCCGGUAGCGCCGUUGGUUGGCAACAUUGUGUGGCGCGCGAAUCUGCAGAGAAGUUUUCAUUUUCUGUGGUGAGGCCGGCCAUACGCGUUUGGUGUCUUGCUUCGCCGGCUGUGUCAGAUCGAGCUUGUGGAGAGACGAGUUUUGAAGAACUUUCAGCAACCGAAGCAGUAAUAAUGUUCGUUUUAGGAGCAACACCAUGCCCAAAAAUAAGAAAGAUUCUUCAGACUCCGAUUCUGGUCCUGAUGAUGUGGCUCCAUCUAAGAAGCCCAAAACUGCCAGUAGUAGUAAAGCAGAUGAAGAAGAACCAACCUGGACCAUUGAUAAAAACAGAUUUCUUAAAAUUCGUGAAUUUAAAGGGAGAAUAUUCGUGGACAUCAGAGAGUUCUAUGAAUCCGAUGGGGAACUCAAACCAGGCAAAAAAGGUAUUAGUUUGACACCCACACAAUGGAGGAAGAUCUGUGACCUGGCAGAUGAAGUUAACGAUACGUUGAAAAAGAAGGCUUAACACGUAAAGAAAACAUGUGAUUUUACAUUUUCAUUACCUUUUUUUAAACUGUAUUUAACCGUUUUAUUAUCUUGUCACUUACCUCCCAUGUAAAUGUGUGAAAAUUGCGUAUUUAAAUAACCUAUCUUAACUAUAUUUUUACUUGUCACAAUUCAAUGACAUAAUUCAUAAAACUAGCAUUAUUUGCGUUUGGUUCUGAACCAUCAGUGGAUAUUAUUACCUGAACUGUUGGUUGCAUGUGGAGUUUCUUCUUCUCCUUUUAAGUUACGUUAAAGUUCAUCAAAGAAAUACUUAUGCAUUCUUAAGAGUACAAUUUAAAAUAUUUUUUGGAGAGGUCGAUUCAGUGUAUGUAGAACAUAUCGGGUGCGUUGGGAGAAUUCUCAUAAUAAGGAACUUACGUCGUAGCAAGUUAUGUUCCUAUACAGCGGCGAGGUGUACGCGCGUCGGCCAUAUUACUUUGGUAAGAACGAGAAUAUUUAUUGGUUUUUAUCUGUCAGUGUUCAGAUUUUAAUUUUUUUGGCAGUUAUAGAAAUUUUUCAGAGUUUAAAUUAUUUCUUUACGCCCGAAGACGAUAGUUUUCGAUUUUUGCUAGGCCGCGCACAUUGUACUGCGAAGUGUGACAUGGUUUCGUUGUUUGUGGCGAACUCGGGAGGUGGUGUUUUUGCCGGUAGCCCAAUGUACUGUAAUGACUCGGUGUUAUUUAAUUUGAAAUGACGUCGCUUGAAGAUAGCAAGUUCCUAAAAGGUGCGAGAACAACAAGUGACAUUGAAAAGUUAGAAGUUGAAGUAGAUGUUUAUGCCGGCGUUACCUACACUGACACUGAAAAAACAGAAUUCACUUCUGCUAAAAAUAUUAACUCAUCACAGACAUGGGGAAGUGCAGAAGGAUCAUCGAAUGCGGGGACAGAACAAAUAUCAAAUAAAUUCGCUUGUAAAAUAUGUUUGAGAAGUUUUAGUCAGCAAGUUAAUUUAGUAAGGCAUGAAAGAAUACAUACCGGGGAAAGACCUUAUCGAUGUGAAAUUUGUUUGAAAUCUUUUUCCCAACAGUCCAAUUUGUGGAAACAUAUUAGAACUCAUACGGGAGAGAAGCCUUUCUCCUGUAAUGUUUGUGGCAAAUCAUUCACACAACAAGCAAAUCUUGUGAAACAUGUUCGGAUUCAUACUGGUGAACGACCAUUUAUUUGCCCUGUAUGUAAAAAAGCCUUUGCCCAACGUUCAAACAUGUUGAAACACGAGAAGACUCACACUGGAGAGCGCCCUUUUCAUUGUACUUUUUGCUCAAAAACCUUUGCCCAGCAGUCUUAUUUGGAUAAACAUGAACGUACACAUACAGGUGCUAAGCCAUAUUCUUGUAAGAUCUGUCACAAAGCAUUUACACAGCAAAGCAACAUGACUAAACAUAUAUCCAUUCAUUUGAAGGAGAAGCCUUUUCCUUGUAAGUUUUGCCAGAAAUCAUACACUCAAAAAUCCAAUUUAGAGAAACACGGAAAGAAAUGCCAAUUUAAAAAGGAAAAUACUAGAAAUCUAGAGGUCAAAAAGGAGUCAGAGGUAGAGAAUGAUAAUGAGUCUCUUCUAGAAAGUGACUCUUCAGAAUAAAAUUGAAACUAGUACUGUAAGAUGUUUAGGUCUCUAGCAGUUCAUCAUUUUCAAUUAGCUGGCAGAUUUUGUGAAUAUUAUCUUGUCAAUGUAAAUCACUUGUAGUGAAAAUGUAAUGAUGAAAUGUAUAGUGAAAUAGAGCAUUGUGCAAUGUGGUUGCAAUGUUAUACAAGGCAUACUUUUAAGAAUGUAUUUUCAGUGUUCUAAAUGCAAUUUUAAUGUAUUUAGGAUGAAACAGGAUUUUUUUUAAGAAUUUGUCAAAUUUUGUAAUUUUUUCCCUUAAACCUUAUAUAUAAAAUUUUUGUUGUACAGCAGGUCUUGAAUUUUAUAAUUUUCCUCUCACAUUCUUUUCCUUUAUAAAAAUGUUCUUAUAUGGAUAAUCUUACAUAGCAGUAAUGAAGUGUAAAGUUUUGAUGAUAUCUUUCAUGUGGAUUUUUAAAGGGUGACACCUGUGCAAAAAGUCUUCAGAAUGUGUGUAAUAAUUCAAUAUCCAUUUGUAGGUAUAAAUUUGUUGUUCUAAAAUUGUAAUUUUUGUAGGAAAAAAUUAUUUUAAAAUGGUUAUCCAAACUUGGUCAAUUAGUAAAUGAAACAAUGACUUAGGCACUGUUGCUUCAGGAAGCAAUGUUUUUUAAGUACAAAUCCAAAAUUUUUUAAGGAUUAAAUUAGGUAUCGUAGAAACAAAAAUCCUCUUUUAAAUAUAGAAACUAGUUUUGUUAAACUACUGCAAUGUCAUGAAGUUAAAGUUGUAAUUUAUUGCUUUGAAAUUUUUUAAAGAAUUUCAAAGAAAUAUGUAGUCAUUAGUUACCUAAAACUAGUGUUUCAGCCUGUUAUUCAAUUUUCAGUAUAAUUUUGAUCAGUUGAUGUUCCUGGGUAAAUCAACUGCUUUGAUGAUUAGUCCCCUUAGUGUAAUGUAGGUUUUAUCCCAGGAGGUAGGAGUGAUCCUCUUGUUUUUGUAUGAUCUGGUACUAACCUCAAUGACAACUGAAGGGAUUUCCUUCUCCGGGUAUUGUCCCAGCAGGCACAAGCUUAAAGUUCCCAACUCAUCCCAGUGUGUGUUGUAGAGUGUAAGCAUGUAAAUGUGUGAAGUGUAAGGAGGUUAUAGGACAAGGAAGAGGAAGUAAAGAUGGUGUGCAGUCUGGGCCUGUUAUUAGGGUACUGUUCUUGCAUAUGCGUGAUACUGAUAGGAAAACCAGAAAUCU